CACAAAAAAAAAGGGAGAUCAGUUGAUUUAGAAUGGGCUCUCAAACCCUCCCUCUAAAACUCCCCAUCAUAGAUUUCGGCGAGCCAGACCUCAAACCAGGGUCUACAUCAUGGGACUCGGUUAGGGGUCAGGUCCGACGAGCCUUAGAAGAGUAUGGUUGCUUCGAGGCAUUAUUUCCCAAGAUUCCUUUGGAUCUCCGUAAACAGCUGUUCUCAUCCUUGGAGGAUCUCUUUGAUCUUCCUUUGCAAACAAAGGUGAGGAACUCUUCCAAGAAGCCCUAUCAUGGCUAUGUUGGACAAUAUCCGAUGGUACCCCUCUAUGAGAGCAUGGGCGUUGAUGGUGCAGAUGUGGCUGAUAAAGUUGAAGAUUUUACGAGAGUCAUGUGGCCCGAAGGAAACCCUACUUUCAGCAAAGAUAUUCAUUCAUACUCUAAGCAACUAUCGGAACUCGAUCAAAUAGUUAGAAGGAUGGUUUUAGAGAGUAUUGGAGUGGAGAAAUACUUGGACGAGCAUAUGGCGUCAACCAACUACCUUCUUAGGGUCCAAAAAUACAAAGGCCAUGAGUCAACCGAGCCAAAACUGGGCAUAAACUCCCACACCGACAAGAACGUGGUCACAAUUCUUUACCAAAACGAGGUUGAUGGGUUGGAGGUUAAGACCAAAGAUGGAGAAUGGAUAAAUGUCCAUUGCUCGCCCGAUUCCUUUAUCGCCAUGAUUGGCGAUUCCCUUCACGCGUGGUCGAAUGGGCGUCUCUACUCCCCUUUUCAUAGGGUGAUGAUGACGGGGAACGAGGCUCGCUACUCAUUGGGACUGUUCUCGAUCCCUAAAGCAGGGCACCUAAUAAAGGCGCCGGAGGAACUUAUAGACGAAGACCACCCGUUGCUCUUCAAGCCAUAUGACCAUGUUGAGUUCUUGUCUUUCUACUACACACCUGAAGGCCAGAGACUUGAGCAAGCCCUUAAGGCCUAUUGCGGAGCUUAAGAUC